AGAGAGAGAGAGAGAGAGAGAGAGAGGGAUGUGCUAUUUGAUAAAACGACGACCCAACUCGUUCUUCAAAUCGAAAAGCAAAAUUCAGUCUCUGGCCUUGGCUUCUGCAAACUUGUAUCCUGUUACUUGGAUUUUCUUUCUUCUCUUUUCUCUGUUUUUGUUUCCUCUUUUUGUCUCUUGUGGUUUGAUUGUUGUUGCAGGUAGAGGAAAGAUCAUCAAACCCCGCCCAAUGGGUACCAAGAAUUCUUCUUCCAAAAGAAAAUCUUCCAAAAGAAAAACCUCCAAGACCCCCUCUGAGGCUCGGCAGAGGAAGAAAAGUAGGAGAACUAAAUCCAAGAAGCUAUAUCGUCGCGAUGAUUCUGUUUCUUCUUAUUCUGACGAUGAUUCUAGAAGUUCAAUGUCCAUUUCAUCUUCUAGUUCUCAUGAUCAUCGUAGAAGGGCUCGUUCUCGUAUGCGAAGUGAUGCAAAGGGUAGUAGGAAAAGAACUCGAAGCUCUCCGAGCCAUGAUAUUAGCGAAUACUCACGUCAUGUAAAGAAAAGGAAAGGGUCAAGGAAGAGCAGGUAUUCUGAGGUGAGGAAAAAAACUGGAAAGAAGAAGCGUAGGAGAGAUGCUAGUAUUAGUCCUAUAAACAGUGAUACCCAUAGCUGCUCAACUUGUAAAGGUGGGAGUAGCAAUAGUAGUGGAGAGGAUGAGAUUGUGAGGCCUAGAGGCAGAUCUAGGGAAAGCAAGAAAGAUAAGAGAGAUUUGAGCAAACCUAGUGGAACUAAAAAGAAAAAAAAUAGGUCUCAGAGUUCUUCACAUAGUAGGUCUAGCGACAGUAGUGAUUAUACCAUCAAGGAGAAAUUGGCAGCCGGGAAUGACUUGAGGCGUUUGAGAUCAGUUGUUAUUGUUACUAAACAACCACAGGACGAUGAGGAAAAAAAUUGGGAUAAGAGUGGCCAUAAAGAAGAGGUGGUAUAUGAUCAUGAUGAUUACCCCUCUUGCAGAAGCAAUGACAGUGAUGAUGGGGGAAGUAAGAGGGACUUGUCUCAUCAUGUCCCUGGCGCAUCUGAAAAGAGGAAUUUAGAAUAUGUGAAAGGAGAAGAUGCACUAAUUUCUAAUGCUAAUACAAUUGAACUUACAGAAAGUGGCAAGGACAGUGGGGGCCAGUAUGAUGGUAGUAGUUCUCGCUCAGAUGGGGUUGGGGCAAAUAAUUCCACUAAGGGAAAUAAGAGAGAGGUUUCUGCUGUUGCCUCUAGUUCAAAUGGUGAUGAUUUGGAGACAAUCUUGAGGCAAAAGGCUUUGGAAAAUUUAACUAAGUUCCGAAAAGGGCUUCACACACAUGUCAGGACUCUUCCUGAUCAGAAAACUAGGAGUGACAGUGAUGUGAAGCAACCAUCCAGUGCAAAAGCAGAGUUUGUUCAAAUCAAAUCACCCAAGUGGGUUGAUCUUAGAGUGGUAGGUGCACCUCAGGUAGUCGCUCAGAGCACUAGGCCUAUGACAGGGAUAGAGCCCUCUUGUCCUACAAUGACUGAUGGGAAGAUUUCGGGGGGAAAAUACAGUGGAACUGAACCUGGAACUGCUAAAUGCUCUGCUGUUUGUCCUCCAUAUCGGGCUACUAUCUCUGGUAAUCCUGAAGAAAAGGACCUUUCUUGCGCUGAUGCUGUUUUUAAUAAAUCUGAACCGGGUAGAUCUGCAUUGAGGCAGGAAUUAUCAGGCACUUGCUCCACCAUAAAGCAAGCACCCACGUCACAGGCAUUUCCCAAGUUAGUGACAGAUAGUGGUGUAAAUAAGCGUGCAGUUGAAGCAUCUCAAACUGUUCGCAAGACUAAUGGUACUGAAGUUAGUAAUGCUCCUGACGGUUAUUCUUGCCUUAAACCCACUUUGGAAGAACCUAGCUCAAAAGAACGACAAAAUGAAGUUAAGGACAGUUCAGAGUUUGAGAAGAAGACAAUGUCGGUCAUGCGGGGUGGUGAAAUGGUGCAGGUGAGCUACAAGGUUUACAUCCCUAAGAAAGCCCCAGCUCUGGCCAGAAGGCAGCUUCGGCGAACUGGCUCUGAUGUCUGAUUCAUGCAUCUGUGCGGUACGAGAAUACCUAUUAGAAGCAAUAAUUAAUUUUCUUGCCACAUUGAUAGAACAAAGGGAUAGGAGACAUGAAGAAAUGAUUAGUAAUGCCUUCUCCUUCAGUGUGUGAACGCUUGACGAAGGGGAAUUUUUCUGGCAAGUAAUGGGGAUUGUAUGUGAGAGAGAAAUUAUUGCAAUGCUUAUGCAAUUAUCUUGGAGUAAUAUUUUUCUGUUCUGUUUUUGCUUGUUAAUUUGUUUGUUUUUUUUUUUUUGACAAAAAAUUUGAAAUAAAUGCAACAUUUUUUUGGGCAAGUAGAAUGCAAUAUUUUGUUGUUAGUUUUUUUGCUA